UUUUUGUAUAACGUCAGACUACGCUUACAAACCGGUAGAAACAAGUGUUGUUUUCAACAAUUUUUAAUAAAAAUACUUCUUUUAAAAAAUGGCUUUCAAACCGCAAAAAGUUCAAAAGGUUAUGGUUCAACCCAUAAACCUUAUUUUUCGAUAUCUGCAAAACCGUUCGAGAGUUCAAGUUUGGCUUUACGAAAACGUUAACUUGAGAAUUGAAGGGCACAUUGUCGGCUUCGAUGAGUACAUGAACCUUGUUUUGGAUGACGCUGAAGAAUAUUACGUGAAAACGAAGAAUAGGAGACAACUGGGGCGUAUAAUGCUAAAAGGCGACAACAUAACCCUUAUACAAAAUGUUAAUCCACAGUCUUUAAACUAACUUGAUAGUAUGUGCAUUGCAUUGGACUUAAGUGACUGAAAUAAUCUUUUUAAUUACCUAUGUGUUUGCCCACAACUAUAGUUUAGGCGAUAAAUGUGGAAAGGCUGCUGCUGGCUUUGUGGAGAGAUGUGUAAGCUAUAUUGGAGAAAAUGCAGCAGAGUGUGUUCGUACAAAUUCUU